CAAAGCAAUGCUUAAAUCUAGCGUGAGUGUUUGCUUCGUUGAAUCGUCACCGAGUCGUAGUUGCAUUUGCAGGAUCGAAUCAGAUUUCAAAUGAUUCACUUUGUGCUGCUUGUUAGUCGUCAAGGGAAGGUGCGACUGACAAAAUGGUACUCACCUUAUUCUCAGAAAGAAAGAAGUAAGGUAAUCCGUGAGCUUAGUGGAAUGAUUCUUUCUCGUGCUCCCAAGCUGUGCAAUUUUGUAGAAUGGAGAGGAUAUAAAGUUGUUUAUAAAAGAUAUGCUAGUCUCUUUUUCUGCAUGUGUAUAGAUCAAGAUGACAAUGAACUAGAAAUCCUCGAAAUAAUUCAUUAUUUUGUGGAGAUUCUUGAUCGACAUUUUGGCAGUGUCUGUGAACUGGACUUAAUAUUCAACUUUCACAAGGCCUACUAUAUACUAGAUGAAAUUCUGAUUGCUGGUGAGCUUCAAGAGUCGAGCAAGAAAACAGUUGCUCGACUGAUAGCUGCACAGGAUUCAUUGGUGGAGACUGCAAAGGAGGAAGCCAGUUCGAUAAGUAAUAUAAUUGCACAAGUCACAAACUAAGGAGAACAAAUGUUACAGUUUCCUGAAAAUAUAUUAUCUCUAUGUCCCAUUUUUAUGGUUAUUAAGUUGAAAUUUGGAUAUCUUUAUCUUUUGUUUUUUGGUCAAGGG